AUGUACAACAACGCUGGAAUCGGAGGUAACCUCGACACCACCAUCUUAAACUCGGACAACGCCGACUUCAAGAAGGUGCUUGAAAUCAACCUCUUCGGAUCCUUCCUCGGAGCCAAACACGCCGCCAGGGUUAUGAUUCCCGCAAGGAAAGGUUGCAUCUUGUUCACCGGCAGCGUUGCCGCUUCUAUAAGUGGCGACUUGUCUUACGCAUACAAGGCUUCCAAGCAUGCUAUUUUGGGGUUCAACAACAACUUGACCGUGGAGCUGGGCAAGUACGGCAUCAGGGUCAACACUAUUUCUCCCUAUGGAGUGGCCACUCCCAUGGUCACAAGCGGCAUGCAAAUGGACAAGAAGGCUGCUGAGGAAUUCAUGUCCGCCGCUGGAAACUUGAGACGGGCUAUCCUCGAACCCGAGGAUGUUGCUCGGGCUGCCUUAUACUUGGCCAGUGACGAUGCAAAAUACGUGAGCGGAUUGAGUUUGAUAGUUGAUGGAGGCCACAAUCACAACCAUCUGCUUUUUGGUGCAACAGAUUCGGUUGCCAACUGA